ACUUUUCCGUCGAUCGCUUCGAGAAUAAAGACGAUGGAAGAGGCACUUACUAAGGAUAAUAUACCGCAAGAACAAGCUUCAAUGAAACAAAGAAAUCGAGACAAGGAGCGUUUCAAAACGCAACCUAUACAAUCGAUGAAAUGAGAUCAGUCGCAUCCAGUUUGGAGCCGGGCCAAGCGAAUUUCCAAGCGUUCGGCAUUGCGGGCUGUAGUUUUCCGACCCAUUCCGUCGGGACUGGUGCGUCUCUCUCAUCCAGGGGUCUCCUUUCAGAGGAGCCCGAAAGAGAUCCUUACACAGAAUUUGAAUCAACUUCUUACGAUUCUAGUCUGUCGAACGCUAAGUUACCAGUCACAGAGGACUACGGUGAAGCAACUUUCUUAGAUUUGGAGAAGUUUAGUGCUAAUGGUGAAAUAAAACAGUCUACUCUGGAUGAAAUAGAGCAAGAAGUAAACAAAGUGCGUGUAGCUCUGGAUGAGGAUUGUCGCGCCUUGGACGAGGACGAUAGUAACCAAGCCGAGGCUGACAAUUGGAGUUUAAACGUUUCUUGUGAUAGCGGCGUUUACAAUCGCGCGUCUUCCCGCGACUCCGGGCCGCAUUCUGGCGAGGAGUUGGGCUUAAUUGAGAGCCAAGAAAUUAGUGAAAACCACGCCACCAACAGCACCAACGACUGGUCUUCGACAUCUAUGGAAGAAGGUCUAUUCAAAAUGGAACGCAUACGAAAAUCAACUGAAAACGAAGCGCUUCAAACUCCUGAAGAUAAUGGGAGUGAUGACGAAAACAAUGAUCAUUCUCAUUUCGCACUCGGCUUAGUGAAAAGCAACAGUGUCGUUGCUCGAGCAAGCAUGUGGCAACAGUUACAACAGCAAGCUAAAGGUACGCCAAAGCCGCUUCUUCGUCACAGUCGCUCCAAAGUGAAGGAGGGUCCUUCGAUGACGGAGAGCUUUAAAGCCCAGGAAAUUAACACCGUUCCGCAAGAAACCCCACUUGCCCCAUCUAAAAGCACAGCAAAUGUCUUAGACAGAGAUGAAGAUGCUAAGUUAGAUGAGGAUGAUCCGGCGAAGAUGUCGCUGGCUGACAAAAUGAAAAUGUUCAACACCAAAUUGACACACAAGCCGCCGGUAGCCGGUCUGAGGCCGAAGGAAGAUAGAGUGCCGAGAGCAUCUAGACUCAGAACCAUGCCGGUACUAGCGAGUCAGGUCCAAGAAGCUAUGGAACAAAAUGAAAGACUAACAAAGUCUCUAACCCACGAGGAUGUCCCGAGGAAUAAUGACUUCCAACUGAAGAUGGAACUUUUCCGAUCGGCGAGUGCAAAAAACACGUCAUUAGAGUAUCUCAUGAGGCAGAACUCGAAGUUUAGAAGCUUAGACCUCGAUGACGACUCGCCAUUGGAGCGAGCUCAAAGAAUGAUAACACCAGAAGUGAGAGGUAUACUGAAGUCGGGAUCUACGGUUGUACCUUCGAAGCCGAAAAUUUUGGCGAAAGGAGAAAGUUCUGAGGGUCUCAAGGACGAGGGAAUAGACAGUUCCUCGGACGAAGAAUCCGCAUCAGCAUCCAGUGUUUCAUCUUCAGAGAAAAGCUGCUCAUCAUCAGGUAGUUCAGAUGAGAUGCCAGGACCGAAGAGGAGGUUCCAGCGAAAGAACAACAAGCUGAAGUCGUCGCGAACUGACUCAGAUCUCACGAAACUCCAAGAUCCAUAUCCUCGUAAGAUCCAACUGCCGUGCGCCAGUGAAUUAAAAGAACGUAUAGCGCAAGCGAAAAACCCUGAUGUCAAAAUACCAUUGCUGGGGAAGCUCGGCAAGAAACCAUCAGAAGAAGCCAGCGGAGAGGACGAUAAGCUGAGAUACAAAAGAUUCGUCAAGAAACUCGACGAGCCUCUGCAACUGGGGAAGUUGAGGCGGCCGAUGGAAAAAACGUCGUCGCUGGAAGAAAAACCGCCCGUGCUGAAGAUAACGGCAUUAAAUCAAGCUGCCAAAAACAAAUUCUUUGGUGUCGAAGACAAGAAAGAAAAGAGCAUCGAUGAAUUGACGGCUGUGGUCAGAAAAUAUAUUCCGGUAAAUUCAGUGUCACGUCACAGUAUAGAGGGCGGUUCGGGUAGUGACGGGGAGAGCAGCGGCGGGCGGGAGGUGCGACACAUCAACACUAGAAGACAAAGGUUCGCUGGCGGAGUACAACGUAGCGCCACACAUGCAGACAUGCCUAACCGAGGGGGCACCAUCGCUGAGAGAUUGGCAGCUCUACAGGCGGCUGGGGCGAACGACUGGCGCUCCAGAGUUUGUCGAUUGAGCCCCGAGCGAGACGACUCCAAGGCGAUAGAACGCGUCAAGAACAAGAUUAACGAGUCUUUAAACGCAGCUGUAGACGAAAAGAAGAAGGUUCAAAUAGACGAAAACGAAUUGGGAAAUAACAUCUUAGCUGAUAGGAGGAACAAACUGGAGACAGCCGCUCAGGGAUGGCGGAAGCGUGUUCCCCAGAACGAUGCGUCGCUGUUCACAGUCGCUGGUCGCUUGGAGCGUGACAAAGUGAACACGACCACGCCACCACUGACGCCACCGCCCGUCACCACUCCGCCUGUGUCCUCACCCGCUAUCGCACCAGCCAUACCAGCACCCAAUAGGUUCAGAUCUCGUAAAGCUCCAACGUCCCCUACCAAUGGUUUCGCAUCAGGUCCGCUCCGAUCGGCGUCGUGUGCCGUGAUGAGCGCCGCUGAAAAACCAAAGGAAAUACCAAAAAUUGAUAGAGAAUCGUUCAAACGAAGUCACUCUGUCAGCGAGAGUAUCAGUCGAGUCGAUGAAAACGAGGAAUCAAUAGGCUUGGAGAAGAAGGGUUGUUCCGUGAUAGUGCCGCGAGCUGAUGAUGAAACCUUCCAGGCGUUCUUCGCGCCCGCUCUGCAACAACAAGACAAAACCUCGGCUGUUGAUGUCGACAUUGAUCUAGAUGCCAUUGAUAGCGCCUCCAGACAAAUUUUGUCUAACGAAUGGGCGAGACGAGCCAAACGUGAACGUCGCCACUUGUCCCGCAACCCGCUACGAGCUCUGGCCGCUAGGACCGACCUCAGACAGGAAUAUAUCGCGCAACCACCGGCAACCAACAACAAACAAGCGACCAAGGAGAAAGUGACAGCUAACUGCGGGCUGGCCGCCGAAGCGUUGGCAGCGCUCGCUACUAAAGAAGAUUUCUCAAACGUGGCGCUGCGGAGUGCUUCAGCCAAUAAUAUACCGAGCCAAGGGACGAAAUCUCUCAUGCUGAUGCACGUUAAAGGGAGGAGACGGCUCCAGACGCGUCUUGUUGAACCCGUUCAUACAAACGUGAACCGAGGCGAUUGCUUCGUACUCGUCACCAGCGACCAGUUGUUCCUCUAUAUUGGACUCUACGCUAACGUCAUUGAAAGAAAUCGCAGCACAGACAUCGCACAACACAUAUACAAUACAAAGGAUCUGGGAUGCAAAAACGCGACGGGAGUUAUAAAGAUAGACGAACAAACAAAGAACUACUCAAACAAACAUUGGAACCAGUUCUGGUCGCUCCUCGGCGUCACAGAUGGUAUUGAGGAGUACAGGCCCGCUGAAACUGGUUCGCCGGACGAAGACGAAAUAUACGAGUCGUGUGUCAUACAGACGAACAUGUGCUACGAAGUCAUAGACGAUGAACUGGUACCGAUCAAGGAAUACUGGGGACAAGUACCGAAAAUAGCCAUGCUGCACCAGUCAAAAGUCAUAGUGUUCGACUUCGGCUCGGAAAUGUACAUAUGGUACGGCAAGAAUGUCCCGCUGGAGAGUAGGAGGCGGGCCGCCCAGCUAGCGCAGGAGUUGUUCGAUGAAGGUUACAAUUACGAGGAGUGCCACAUAAAUCCAAUAAACGCGGCCGCUUCUCAAGGACUCAGGAAUGAUACGCCGUCGAACGCCAAAUCCGAUAAAAUUCGGCCGGAAUGGACGAUUUUGUCGAAAGUCACACAGCACAUGGAAACCAUAUUGUUCAAAGAGAAAUUCCUCGACUGGCCGGACUACAGUCGGGUUAUAAAAGUUAAAACUCAAGAGAAUAAAUCGAACAGUGUUGAAAUAAACCCGUGCGACGCCGAGGAGAUGUGGUCCAAUGAGUACCAAGACCCGGAUCUCAUACUGGAAGGCUCCCACAUCGGCCGCGGGACACAUUACUACGACAAGGACACGAUGCGGCAUUACGACAUUAAAACCAAAUCGGUUUGCAAAUGGGUCAUACAGGAAUAUGACUACCAGGAGGUGAAGAACGAGUCGGAAGUCGGGGAGUUCUUCUCGGGGGAUAGCUAUAUCAUAAGAUGGGAAUACCAGAUAACAGUUACGGGACGGGAGUUGAAUGGGAAACCGUCAAAGCACAAUUUAACUGGCAGGGAAAGAUGUGCUUACUUCUGUUGGCAAGGCAAAGACGCAUCCUCUAAUGAAAAAGGUGCAGCCGCUUUGUUGACGGUUGAACUAGACAGAGAGAAAGGUCCCCAAAUAAGAGUGGCCCAGGGCAAUGAACCGCCGGCAUUCUUGAACCUGUUCCAAGGAAACUUAGUCAUCCAUCAAGGCAAGAAGGGGACAGAUAAGAGCCGCUUCCGGUUAUACGGAACGCGAGGAAAUGUUUUAAACGAGGCGUAUUUGUUGCAAGUUCCGUGUUCUGUCAGGCAACUCCGCAGUCGCGGUUCCCUCAUAUUAGUCGACACUGAAAAAUCCUGCGUAUACAUAUGGCACGGCUCCCGGAGCAUGAAGCACACACAGCACAUAGCCAUCGAGUUAGCCAAUAAGCUGGUUGCCCAAAAAUGUCACAUAUUUAGCAGCUCCGACAUAAAAGUGAGUUCAGUCAAGGAGGGAGAGGAGAGUAAGGAAUUCCUUGAUAGUUUAGGAGUCACCAGCAAACAAUACUACAAUUCAGUUCUAAGUGGGAGAGAUGUCGGUUCGGAUGUGACUCCUAGACUAUUCCAUUUCACGGAUUUGGGAGGUCAGUUCGAAGCGCACGAGGUGCUGUCACCGCUUCGGCACGAGACACUAGUGACACCCUUCCCUUUUGAACAAAAGGAGCUGUAUUCCGCUUCUCAACCUGCCCUGUUCCUGAUGGACGACGGUGUUUGCGUGUGGCUGUGGCAGGGCUGGUGGCCGAGAGGGGAGGACGGGGAGUUCGAGCCCGAACGGAACACAGGUGUGGGAGCGUUCGCCGCUCGCUGGCAGGCGAUGCGGGUGGCGGCUCUACGUACCGCUGAGCAGUACUGGCGCGUGUCGCGCGAGGGUAGGCCCGACGUGCGAGUGGUGGCCGCGGGCCUCGAACCUAAGGCCUUCAUGGACCUGUUCGACACGUGGACGGAUCACGACGAGGCCGCGGAUGCCAAUAUUGCUCACGGGUACAAGGCUGGUGAGUGCGUGUCGGGGACGGUGGAGUUGUCGCGUCUGUCUAGUUGUGACGCAGUGUUGCCGCUCGCAGCACUCCAGAGACGGCCGCUGCCCGACCACGUGGACCCCCACCACCUCGAGAGACACCUGUCCUCGCCCGACUUCCUGGAGGCUUUUGGAAUGACCAAAGAAGAAUUUUCAGUGUUACCCGCUUGGAAACAGACCAACAUGAAGAAGGACGUGGGAUUGUUCUGAAGACUCGGCGAUCAAGUCACGACGUGAGGGCAGCGCGGACCGCUCACCGGCGGCCGCGGAUCGCGGACGGGCCUCUGAUCUCUGGAGUAGAAUUUUUGUAUAACCGCAGCUAUUUCGUACUUUUCUACCGAACAAUGUCAAGGGAUUUGAAAUAUAACUAAUGUUAAGCACGCUUCGAGUUUAUAGCAAUGAAACAAUCUUUUGUACUAACGGAAUGUAAAAUUCACGUGAUAUUUCCUUGUAACCGCCGUAGAGUAGGCAUGUAGGAGCGAUAGGAUUUGAAAUUUGGAAUUGUAUAGAGUUGUUAUUUGUCGCAUCCAUGGCAUGUUAUAUCAUACUAAUUGUAUAUAGCACUUUAGUAUUUUUAUUUAUAAUUUUAACAAUUCUGGAUGUACUUUUGUCUCAUUUUAAAGCACUUUUUAUUUCCUAUGUUAUGUGUAAUGUAGGCAUUUUAGAUACAUUUUAUCGAUAUUGCAUGGAUAUGACAAAAAUCAACGCAAAAAAACAUAAGUGAUAUUUUUUAUAUAUUUUGCUACUAGGUGCGCCGCGCAAUACAAUCGGUGCAUUGUUGCAAAAUUCUAGUGUUAAAGUAUCUGGUCAUCGUAUAUUUGUAAAUCGCUAGAUAACGGAUACUGUUUACGCUUUAAGGUAGGCUUUAUAUAGUCUGUGGCGUUCGGACAACUCUUGUGAUAUCUGUCAAGUCGUUCGGAGGUCGUUGUGACGUCACAGCCGUCAACAUCACAUAUCUAUCUACUCAUUAGCUACUUUUAACGGCCGCCUGUGGACCACGUGUGAACAAAUUGUUGUCUUCUAUGACGUAUACAGUUUUCUAUCGCCUCUAUUUUACUAAAGUAAAUUAAGUGAAAUGUUUGUCGACUGACGUGUUCAUAUUCUGUGGUUGAUCUUCAUUUUGUUGUAUUAUCUGUAAUUUAAACAUACUUUUGUGUAAUACAUACGAUACAUUAUUUUAUCUGUGUUGCCGAUGCAAAUUGAUUACUGUUUUUUUUUUUUAAUUUCUAUAUUUUUAUUUAACUAAUAUUGGCUUCGCGAUUAAUUUAUUAAACUGUUGCUAUGUUGUCUACAACUUAAGAUGUUUAUUUUUGUAUUACGUUAGCUUAUGUAUUUUCGUCUAACAAUUUUUUUAUGUAUGUCUCGUGAGCGGGCGUCAUAUUAUUAAUAUCGCGGAACAUAUUUACUGCCAAUGAGUAGAAAAUAAUCUUGUAACUAUGGAGUGAUACUUUAUUUCUCGUACUUAGUGAACAUGAGUAACAUAUUUUAUGCAUUUACGACCGAUCGCCGGCGGGCCUACCGCGACAUAAACGUAUCUCUCAAAUCCAAUGUUUAAUGUUUGCUUUGGUUGUGUUACUUAUACUAUAAUAUUAUUGUAUUGAGAUUUAUUUUGUAUAUUAAUGAUGUAAUAAAUUGCUAAAAUUUUAAUAA